AAAAAGAGAUAAACUUAAUAAUUCGGUUUUUAUUAAAGAUAAUCGUUCUUUUCGACAUUUUACUUUCUUUAUUAUUUUAGAAAGAUGAUCAUAGACAUUUAAAUCAAUUCAUAGCGCAUUCAGCUUUAGAUCUAAUAGAUGAACACAAAUGGAAGACUUACAACAUGAAUUUAAAAUCGGUCGAUAAAUUUAACCAGUGGUAUGUUUCAGCAUUUGUAACAGCUUCUUUGAUUAGAUUUGUUAUUGUUCACGAUAAUAGAAAUGAUGAUGGAAUUAAAAACUUCUUUAGUGAAAUAUAUGAAGCCUAUAUUAAACAUUCAAUGAAUCCAUUUUAUGAGGAAAAUACACCUAUAAAGUCUUUGGCAUUUGAAAAGAAAGUACAAAUGUAUGGCAAAAAAUAUUUAUCUUCAUAA